AUGUCUGGCGUAUCUGAGCCUGGUGUGCCUUUGAAUAGAUCAUAUGGUCAUCACUCAAAUUCAGCUUCCUCUACCAGCAAUAACACGACAGAAACAGAAUGCCAAGCAGUCACGGACCCCAGAGCUAUAAAGCGGUUGCAGAAUAGGGUAGCUCAACGAAGCUAUCGGCGUCGGGUGAAAUUACGUCUUGCAGAGCUUCAAGAAAGGAUUGCUAGAUAUGAAGGUACAGCCCAAGUGAUGGAAGGCGAAGUCAUUGAGAACAGUUCAAAGUCACCGCCAGACGUCUCCAUUUUGUCAAAAGUCCAAUCAGCCGCCUCCAAUCUGCCAAGUUGUGCGUCGUCGUCAAACCAUCCCAAUACGGACGCUCAAGUCCUGUCGCCGAUUAAUUUAUCGCUGAAUAAGAGAUUCCAAAGCAUCAUGGAAUGUGUCGGAGCAAUGGGAUUUGAGAGUUUUGACGAACUAGUAACUUCAUACUACGUCGACGAAUUUGAAGAGGCGUCGCAACUUUUCCAUGAGCAACGCUUCAGCCGGCACAGAAGGCUUCCUGUGGUGUUUGCAGACAUCUUGGAGGGUGCAAGACGAUGGAAGCCUUCAGAACGCCGAGGACUUGGUGAGGAAGUACUUAAAGAGGCCGAAGCCGUCCUUAUCGCUGAAAUCAGUCAGGCUUGGAAAGCCCUGCAACCGCUUACGGACACUGGUGCGUUUGAGCAAGACUGUCAGCAAACGCCUCAGAAUACUACAACGCACGCGGAUCGUUUGCGUCAGCAUCUUAGAACAGUGAUAUCUACUGAAGUGAGUGUCAUAGUAUUACGCAAGGCAGAGACUCAGCACAGAACUUGUGCCGGUAUGUUAACGCCAAUUCUCUGGACCCUGCUAAUGGCUCUUGUAGCAUCUGAUGGUCCUGCAUGGCAACGAGACUGCUCCGGGACCGCGCUCGCGAUCAUUGCGUUAUUGCAUUUGGCCGGUCGCCUGCCCAAAGAGACUUUGCUGGAGCUAAUAGGAUCUUGUCUCUAA